UCUCUCUCUCUCUCUCCGUGUCUCCGGUUCGCCAAAAGCCCAAGCGGAUCAAAUUUUCCUUGGUCUCUUUCCUCGAGAUUUCCCUUUUUGCCUUUCUUUCUCUCUUGCGAUUGAGAACACAAGAAUGGCCGAUCAGCUCACCGACGAUCAGAUCUCCGAAUUCAAGGAGGCCUUCAGCCUCUUCGACAAGGACGGCGAUGGCUGCAUCACUACUAAGGAGCUUGGAACAGUGAUGCGUUCGUUGGGACAGAACCCGACAGAAGCUGAGCUUCAGGACAUGAUCAAUGAGGUUGAUGCUGAUGGAAAUGGAACUAUUGAUUUCCCGGAGUUCCUCAACUUGAUGGCCCGAAAGAUGAAAGAUACCGACUCUGAGGAGGAGCUCAAGGAAGCUUUUAGGGUUUUUGACAAGGACCAGAAUGGUUUUAUUUCUGCUGCUGAGCUCCGCCAUGUUAUGACAAACCUUGGUGAAAAACUCACAGAUGAGGAAGUUGAUGAGAUGAUUCGCGAGGCUGAUGUGGAUGGUGAUGGACAGAUCAACUAUGAGGAGUUUGUCAAGGUCAUGAUGGCCAAAUGAUGAUAAUGAAUCCAGCGCUAAUAUAUCUGAGAAAAAACAAAAGGGAAACAUGGCAGAUAAGGAUGAGUGGAUCUCUAUUUCUGGUUAGGACGUGUUCCGUCGUUUGGUAUUUUAGGUCUGUUCUGUCGUUUGUCCAUUUCCCUGUUUUCAUUGUUUUGUAAUGCUGCCUUUAAAUAUCUGUUUUGUCUUCUUCGUCUCUUGCUUUAGUUUGGAUUGUUAGUAUCCUUUCUUCCUCUGGAAUUUUCUAUUUACAUAUGGUAUUUUGUUAUGAACCUAGAACAAUUGGGACAAAAUUUUAUGUUUUGGUUAUGGGUUGGCUAA